CGUGAUAGUUACAAGUGCGUCGAUAUUCUUAUAAUGGCUCCGACACCGCAGGAGAUACCACAAGUGGAUAUCGGAGAGACGGAGCGUGUCAGUGGCGAUGAUCAAGAUGGAAACCGCGUUGUCAUCUCCGGGAUUUCUGGCGCCUAUCCGCGCUCGCUCCAUAUAAAAGAACUCUCUGACAUCCUGUACAAUAAGGUGGACCCAAUAGCAGAUGGCAAACCGCGCUGGGACUACGACCACCCAGAAGUUCCAAAACACGUGGGCUUAAUCCCUGGUCUGGAUCUGUUUGAUGGCCAGUUCUUCCGAGUGGCCUACCGUAUGGGGAUCAACAUGGACCCCAUGUCGCGGAAACUCCUCGAACAAGUCUACCAAGCCAUAUACGAUGCAGGUGUAAACCCUGAGCAUUUGUCUGGGAAGAAAGUCGGCGUUUAUGUGGGAACUUGCUUGUCGGAAACUGAAAAAGUCGUUUUUUACUGCGGCUUUGAAGGAAGGACGGGUUUAGGUAUAGCUGGGUGCAACAAGUCAAUGUUCGCCAAUCGGAUAUCUUACUGGCUGAACGCGAAGGGCCCGUCUUUGGCUAUCGACGGUGGGUGCUGCAGCUCCGCAGUAGCGCUGGAGCAAGCCUAUCAGGCACUUACGCGAGGCGACUGCGAGGCAGCUGUAGUCGGCGGCUGUAACAUAUGCCUCCAUCCGCAAACUUCUAUCCAUUUUAGCAGGUCAAUUUCUCUAUGUUUAGACGGUAAAAAUAAAUCCUAUGACAAAUCAGCCGAUGGCUGCGUGAGAUCUGAAGGCAUUAACGUGCUCUUCUUACAAAAAGCUAAAGAUGCUUUAAGAAUUUACGCUGACGUAGUUUACUCCAAAGUGAAAUAUAUUGCUAAUAAACACCCUGGAAGCUGGAAGCGAACGACGGAAGAAGUUACAGAAUUCCUCAAAGAGUUUUAUGAUGAAAUCAAAGUAUCUCCAAGAGAUGUUGAAUACGUAGAAGGCUUUGGAGCAGGUGACGCUGAAGUUGACAAGACAGAGUUGGAAGCAAUAGAUAAUGUGUUCUGCGGAGGUCGCAGUGACCCUCUUUACGUCGGCAGCGUCAUGUCCAAUGUAGGCUACUUGGAGUCCGCUUCGGGUAUUGCGGGGAUUACGAAGGUGCUUCUGGGCUACCACACUGGUCAACUGGCUGGAAACCUGCACUGCGACCAGCCAAGAGACGACGUGGCUGCCCUACGUGAGGGUCGCAUUCAGAUCCUGCGCGACCACAAGCCAACGGCGAGGUCGUACAUCGCAGUCAACGGCCUGUCGGUCACCGGUAUCAACUCCCAUGUACUUUUACAUGGACAUUACAAGCCGAAGGAUCUGACUAAAUACGAGUGCAAUAUUCCGCGCCUGGUUCUAAUCUCGAGCCGAACGGACUCCGCUGUUACGAAAGUGAUAGAAGCAUUAAAAUCGAAACCUAUCGACGCUGAGGAAUUAGCCUUGAUUCAAAAUAUUCACUCUUCUAGAAUAAAUGGUCAUCUAGGCAGAGGAUUUACCAUUUUGGAUACAGAUAAAGAAUCGAAAACCACAAGUCUGUGUGAGAAGGCGACGUAUUUCGACAGUGGCGAGCGGCCUCUUUGGUUCGUCUACAGCGGCAUGGGCUCGCAGUGGGCCGGCAUGGGCACACAACUUAUGCGCAUACCUAUCUUCGCGGCUGCUAUUGAAAAAUGUCGGCGAGCGUUAGAACCCAAAGGCAUCGAUAUUCUCCAUAUUAUAACUACGGAAGACAAAACUAUCUUCGAUAAUAUUUUACAUUCCUUCGUGGGGAUUGCUGCUGUUCAAAUUGGUCUGACCGAUAUACUCCUUGAAUUAGGUUUAGUACCAGACAAGAUUAUAGGGCACAGCGUCGGCGAGCUAGGGUGCGCGUACGCUGACGGCUGUCUGACGGCCGAGGAGAUGAUUUUAUCAGCGUACAGUCGUGGUCUCGUGUCUGUACAGACUCCCUUCAUACGCGGCUCCAUGGCCGCUGUCGGCAUCGGGUUUGAAGAGGUGUCAAAUAUGUGCCCUCCGGAGAUUGAGGUGGCCUGCCACAAUUCAAGCCAGUCCAGUACCAUCUCCGGUCCAGCUGACAUUAUGACGCAGUUUGUUGCUGACUUGACAGCUAAAAGCAUCUUCGCGAAGGAGGUCGCGUGCUCCAACAUCGCCUAUCAUUCACGAUACAUUGCCGAAGCAGGACCUGGACUCCUUAAGUACUUGAAAGAGGUUAUUAAAACGCCGAAACUCCGAAGCGAGCGCUGGGUAUCGACAUCAGUACCACAGGACAGGUGGGAAGAAGAACUAGCCAAGUUUUCUUCGGCCGAGUAUCACACUAACAAUCUGCUGAACCCAGUACUCUUCGAGGAGACGUCCCGACUAAUCCCAAAGAACGCGGUGCUGGUGGAGGUGGCCCCGCACGGUCUGCUGCAAGCGAUCCUCAAGCGGGCGAUGCCGUCGUGUGUAAACGUACCACUCACCCGACGAGGACAUGCCGACAAUACGAGAUUCUUACUGGAGGCCAUUGGACAGUUGUUCAUGGAGGGCUACUAUCCUGAUAUUCGUCAGUUGUACCCGAAGGUCGAAUUUCCCGUCUCCACUGGAACGCCCCAUUUGUCGCACUUGGUCGAAUGGGCUCACCAGGAAAAGUGGAAGUUCCCGUCGUAUGCCAGCCCAGAAAGAAUUGAAUCUUCUACGUGCGUUUUUAAGAUUUCCCUCCACGACGCCGAACAUCUUUACUUACAUGGUCACCGAAUUGAAGGAAAGACGUUGUUCCCGUUCGCCUCUGCGCUGGUCUGCGCCUGGGACACACUCUGCAUGGUUUCGCGCGCGCCGCUCCGCGCGUCUUCCGCGCGGUUCCAAGACGUCAUGCUUCACGCGCAGCCUGUGUUGCACGAGUCGCGUCUGCUGCGGCUCAAUGUGGCGUUGCAACGGGGGUCUGGGCACUUUGAGAUCGAAGAUGGAAUUACAAAAGUAGCUUCAGGUUAUGUACUUUUGGAUGAAAGUAAAGAAGAGAGCGCUAUGAAUAAAGAUUCUGAAGAUUCUGUGGAAGACAAUGUAAUAGGACAGGAUGAAAUAUACAACAUUCUCAAUGAGAGAGGUUACAUGUAUCAACAGUUUUUGUUCACUAACAGGGGCGAAUUCCGUGGUAUCCGUGAAGUAAAUCCUACAUUGACUGCGGGCCGCGUGCCGUGGCACGGACGCUGGGAGACCUUACUCGACUCAAUGCUGCAGCUCAACGUUCUUCGACAACCUCACGACCACAUCUCACAGCCGGUCUUCAUCAGGGAAAUCAGUAUUAAUACUGAUAAACACGCUAAAUCUGUUGAAUUAGAUACGGAUUUUAAGGUUGAAAUAUCCACGGUCCAUGAUUAUACCAGAUGUGGUGGAGUCACAUUAAAGGGCAUCAACUUCCGAAACAUUGUAAAAUCUGACGAAGAUUCAUUGGUUUUCGAUACAUCAAAGUUUUACCCGAAAUAUCAAUUGACAGACACUGUAAAUGUUGAAAACGGUGAAAGGUCCCGAAAUGGAAAAGUAUUGAGGAGCAGUGUAGCUGGAGACUUGGGAUCCUUACACUGGGUUGAAGGUCCUGCUGUAAAGAGUCCUGGCAUCCCGGUUAAGGUACACUUCGCUGGUCUGAACGCUUCCGAUGUACUCAAAGUUAAAGAACCGUUUGUUGAUCAACAUGAAUCUAGUAACGGUGUUUAUGGAAUGGAUUUCAGCGGAAGUACUGAAGACGGGACGCGUGUAAUGGGCUUGACGCGCGGCGCUGCCCGCGAACAUGCGCGUGCGAUCCCCCAGCUCUUAUGGCCGGUUCCAGCGCAUUGGACCCUUGAGGACGCCGCCACAGUACCCUUCGCUUACGCGCACGCACUUUACUGCCUUGCCAUAAAAACGAGUCUAAGCCGAGGCAUGAAAGUGUUGGUGAGCGGCGGCGCAGGCGCAACAGGACAAGCCAUCAUCGCGCUGGCGCUGCACUGCGAGUGUCGGGUCUUCGUCGUUGUCAGCGACAUCUUCAAGAAAAACUUCCUAAUGAAAAUGUUCCCUAAAUUGAAUGCUGACGACAUCAUUUGCUGCCGAGAUGAUACAUUCCAGAACCGCGUGUUGCCUGAGACCAACGGGCUUGGCUGUGAUGUUGUUGUAUGCAGUAGAGGGCAAUACAAGGAUGCCUACAUACAGUGCUGUGGACCCUUAGGAAUAACGUUGGAUAUUCAUCAAGUGAAGAGGAACGAAAACUUCCGGUUCAAAAUGCACGCGUUGACUUAUGAAAGAAGUUACGCCUGCGUGGAUUUUUCAUCCUUGUUUGUUCGUAAUGACAUAGAAACAUUCCAGAGGCUGCAACGGCUAGUGGCAGAAGGCAUCAGCGCCGGUUGGGUGCGGCCGCUAUCGCGGGUGACAUACGCCCCGCAGGACGCCACGCGCGCGUUUCGCACGCUCGCCCGCGGCGCGCAUCUCGGACGCGUGCUGUUGCGCGUGCAUGACGCGACAUAUCGUGCAGAGGCCGGUCUCAUGUGCUCCGGAACGCGCUCCCAGCUUAUGGUGGGUGACUCGUCGCUUGUGACACGACUCGCCGCGCAUUUAGUGCAACGCGGCGCGCGAAACCUGCAUCUUCAGCUGAACGACACUGAGCGCCUUGCCCGACAAUUGAAGGAGUGGCAGAAAUGGGGAGUAAAUAUAAAAACAUCCUCAGAAAAACUCGUUCACACCGAUUGUGCAUCAAAUCUGCUCAAGCAGAGUUUAACUCUGGGUCCUGUUGAAGGUGUUUUUGUAGUUAUCACUGAACAAUUGAAUGAUCAGACGCGUGAAAUCUACAAAACUCUGCUGGAUAAUUUGGACGCGCAGACAAGGAAAAUGUCAUCUAUCAAGUACUUUGUAGUAAUUGGCAUCAAUAACUCUCUAGGAGAGAAAGUUUGUGUUAAAAGAGCAGCAGACGGGUUCCCGGCAAUGAUGCUUUCCGUAUCAAUAGACACAAAGAUUGAAGGUAGUUUACCAUCGAGUUACGGUGACAUUGUAAAUGCAACUGAGCGGGGACUGCAGACUAAGCAGCCUGUCAUUUUUGCUCAGUAUCCUUCUGUUUGCGAAGAAUCGCUGACACAGCAAAUAGAAAAAAUAAUUGAUGUCACCAUAACAGGAAAUGCUGAAAGCAAAACUUUACAAGAUUUAGGCGUAACCAAGGACCAAGCUCAAAAACUUUGGGUAUAUCUAAGAGACAAGAAAAAUAUAAACAUCCCUGAAGACGAAAUUGUAUUACUCAGUGUAGAAAAAAUACGAGAAAUGGAGGAUACGUUAAAAGAGUCAAAUGCACCAGUUGAAGGACUAUCUGCUUUUAUUCCUUUCGUGGAUACUGAUGAACUCGCGGCAACGAUUAAUGUUGUGGUAAUGCCCACACUCGCGCAAGGCUAUGACAUGAGAGACGAAGAAUUCGACGCGUCCGAGGCAUGCCUGUACAUAGUCCCAGGAUUACAAGGCCUGCAUCAGCGGUACCACGCGCUGUGCGAGCGACUGAAGCUGGCAGCUGUCGUGUUGCAGCCCGGUUUGGACCAGCCCGACGAGUCGCUGGAAGACAUGACCAACAGAUAUACAACGAUGAUCCUGAAGAAAAAAGGCGAAAGCAAUAAAUUUUACCUUCUGGGUCACGAACUGGGAGUACUCUCCGUUUUUGAAAUCGCUGCAGCAUUAGAAGAUCAAGGCAUGACGGGCACGGUCUUCUGCCUGGGGGGUGGUCCGGACGAGUUCGUCACCGAGCUGGAGCGGCAGGUGUUCCUGGCGUGCGCGGGCGACGACUCAGAGUCGGCGCUGCAGGAGGCGGUGGCGAGGCACAUGUGCGCGCUCAUGGGAUAUUCGUCGCCGCAGCUCGACGCUGCGUUGCGCGACGCCCCGACAUGGCCACUAAAGGUGAAGGAGAGCGUGAGCGCUCUGCGCGGACGCGUGACUCACUCGAUGCAGUACGCGCGCUUGCUCAUAGAAGCAGCGUACGCGCGCAUAAUGAAAGCCCGGCAUCACACGAGGGGCGAGCCGCGCGCGCUCCAAUCGCGAGUGGUCGUCCUGCGCUCCCCCGCGCCCUCAUACCUCGACCCCCUCCAGCUCCAACGUUACACGCGUGAGCCACUCGCCGUGCACGACCUGCGUGCCCCGCUCGCGCUCGCCGCCGACGACCUCCGCUCCGCAGCCAUCAUAAACCAAUAUCUUGAUGAGGAAACUAGACAAUCCUUCGCUAAAAAGACUCUCUGCUAUACAUAUAUUAUGGAAUCGACAAGUUAUUUUAAAGUAAGUGAUUAA